AUGCAGGCGAAGAUAGAAGAAUCAGAACUAACCUUGAUUGAAGAAAUCGGAGCUAAAGUUACCGAAGAUUUUAGCGGCAAAAUCAAACUCAAUGACCUAAUCGAGAAAUCAGCACCGUCGGAUGAAGAAUUUGAAGAUGAAGACCAUGAUGAUGACGACGACGAGGAAUUCUCGUUUGCGUGUAUAGGAACCGAUGGAUCGCCGAUUUCGGCCGACGAUGCGUUCCAGAACGGUCAGAUCAAGCCGGUUUUUCCUUUGUUCGACCAGAGUCUUCUCUACGGCAGCGAUUCGGACGAUUUGCCUCGUCGAUCUCCGAAGGUCUUCGUCGGAACAGAGGAACCUGAACCGGCCGAACCGGCCGGUCCGUACUGCAAUUGGACCGGAAAAGCGGUCGAAGCCUCGGCGGAGGCUUGCAAGAAGAGCAAUUCGACCGGGUUUUCGAAGUUCUGGAGAUUUCGAGAACUCGUCAAUCGAAGCAGUAGCGAUGGAAGAGACGCGUUCGUGUUCUUGAACAAAGAUUCGAAUGGUGCGAAUUUGAAGAAGAGCGAUGGAUCGUCGGAGAAGAAGAUCGGCGCCGGAGAGACAAAGGUCGCCGGAGGGAAAGGGAAGGUGGUGAAGAAGGGGAAGAAAACGGCGCCGUUGUCGCCGCAUGAGAUGCAUUAUGUGAAGAACAGAGCGUGGAGAGAGGAGGAUCGGCGGCGGUCGUACCUACCGUACCGGCCUGAGGGGUUUGGGUUCUUCACCAGCGUACAUGGCGGUUUAAGCAAGAAUGUACACCCGUUUUAA